AUGAGUACAACUAGUGGAUUCAAAAACCUGCCUCGCUCGAUUAAUCAACCCUUAAAAUGUCCUUAUGAGGGGCAAACAGUGCUCCAACACUCUCAGUUCAACAAAGGUUCAGCUUUCCCAGAGGAUGAGCGAGCGAGAUUCAGAUUACAUGGCUUGCUACCACCAAAUAUUCAGUCUCUUGAUGAGCAAGUUCAGCGUGCAUACGAACAAUACAGUAGUCGUACCGAUGACUUGGCGAAGAAUACUUUCAUGGCAAGUAUGAAGGCCCAGAAUGAAGUUUUAUACUACAAGUUACUGGAAACGCAUAUCAGAGAAAUGUUCAGUAUCAUCUACACUCCAACCGAAGGUGACGCCAUUGAGAACUAUUCACGCCUAUUUCGCAAGCCCGAGGGAUGCUUUCUGAAUAUCCGCGACCAAGAUUCUAUUGAGGGGUGUCUGUCAAGUUUCGGGAAUGAGGAAGACGUGGAUUACAUCGUCGUCAGUGAUGGCGAGGAAAUUCUGGGAAUUGGAGACCAGGGUGUUGGUGCAAUUCUAAUUUCCAUAGCUAAGCUCGUCCUUACCACUCUUUGUGCUGGGAUACAUCCGGCACGGCAAUUACCUGUGGUCCUUGAUUGCGGAACCGAUAAUGAGCAGCUGCUCACCGACGACUUAUAUCUCGGGCUUCGCCAAAACCGGGUGAGAGGAAAGGAAUACGACGAGUUUGUGGAUAGUUUCAUCCAGAUUGCUCGACAAAGAUUCCCUAAAGCCUACAUUCAUUUUGAGGACUUUGGACUUAACAAUGCUAAGCGAAUCCUUGACAAAUACCGGUCCCAGAUACCAUGUUUCAAUGACGAUAUCCAAGGCACUGGAUGUGUGACACUGGCCGCUAUGUUAGCCGCUUUGCACGUCAGUGAAGUCAGGCUAGAGGAUGUCCGUAUCGUUAUUUUUGGCUCAGGCACAGCUGGGACAGGAAUCGCAGAUCAAAUUGCAGAUACCAUUGCGACAGAGACACGAAAGUCCAAAGAGGAUGCCUCAAAACAGAUAUGGUGCAUCGAUAAGCCAGGACUUUUGGUCAAGUCCAUGGCUGAUAGCUUGACACCAGCACAGACGCCAUUCGCAAGAGAAGACACGGAAUGGCCCGAAGAACAGCAUCAAGAUCUCUACUCUGUCAUUCAUAAUAUCAAACCCCAUGUACUGAUUGGCACGUCUACCAAGCCAAAAGCCUUCUCCGAGGAGAUCAUCCGAGAAAUGGCCAGACACGUGCAUCGGCCCAUCGUAUUCCCCUUGAGCAAUCCAACUCGCCUGCACGAAGCCCAGCCCAAGGAUAUCUACAAUUGGACAAAUGGUAAAGCGCUUGUUGCAACGGGCAGUCCCUUCCCACCAGUCGAAUUUGAUGGCGUGAGCUAUGAGAUUGCCGAAUGCAACAAUUCCACCUGUUUCCCAGGAAUUGGUCUUGGUGCGGUUCUGUCUCGAAGUCGACUUGUUUCCAAGAAGAUGUUAGUCUCAGCGGUCGAAGCACUGAAGGCACGGUCCCCAGCGUUGAAGGAUCCACGUCUGCCUCUUUUACCUGAUGUGGCAGAUGUCCGAGAGAUAAGCGUUGAUAUCGCUGCGGCUGUGAUAAAAUGCUCCGUAGCCGAAGAGCUUGCGCAAGAAGAAGAUAUUCCUUCAGAUGAUGCGAAUUUGAGAGAAUGGAUUCGCGCUCAAAUGUGGGAGCCUGUUUACCGACCUUUGGUAAAGUGA